CUUCCUGUGAUGAUGUUAUUGUUACCAUGACGAUUACCACCGCUGUACAACGCGGGCGUCUAAGAAUAAUCCCAUAACUCACUGCGGGCAUCAAUCAAAAUGGCGGACGAUUUUUCGUCAAGAUAAGAGAGAGAAUUUUCUCUCCAAUUAACCGAAAUUUUUGAAAAAUUUUAUGCAAAAUACGAGGAUAAGGAUAAGGAACUAAGCUUCUGUUAAAAUAUUUUGAAUAUAACAUGAUGGAUGAGGCGAUGCAAGAUGAGCGGGAGGAGGUACAGUUUCGUGAGGAUGUCCUUCGCGACAAACAUAUCAAGUUCUUUCAACGAUGCUUAGCUGUUUUACCGUCAGAAUAUGCAUCUUUAGAUACUAGCAGAAUGACUGUUGCAUUCUUUGCUGUUUCCGCUUUGGAUGUACUGAAUGCUUUACACUUGAUUGGAAGUGAAAAGAAAGAAAUGAUUGAAUGGAUCUAUUCUAACCAAGUCAUCCCUACAGAAGAUGGGAGAAAUGAAGGUAAAUGUGGUUUCCGUGGAUCGGGAAUGACUGGUGCAGAUUUGAAGGAUCCUGAGAAUGUCUGUSAGUAUGAAUGUGGACACAUAGCCAUGACGUACACUGCCCUAGCCAUGCUACUUAUUCUUGGAGAUGAUUUAUCAAGAGUAAACAAGAAAGCAGUCGUACACGGGCUCCGACACUUACAACUAGAAGAUGGAAGUUUUURCCCUACCUUUUUUGGAAGUGAAAAUGACAUGCGGUUCAUAUACUGUGCCUGUUGUAUUAGCUACAUACUUAAUGACUGGAGUGGAGUGAAUAUGGAUAAAGCUGUAGAGUAUAUUUUAAAAAGCCAGUGCUAUGAUUAUGGAAUUGCUCAGGGUCCAAACUUAGAGUCACAUGGUGGUUCAACAUUUUGUGCCAUUGCCUCCCUUUCUCUGAUGAAUCGUUUAAAUGACGUUUUUUCUGGCCGUGACUUGGAAAAAUUGAAACGAUGGUGUAUGUUCAGACAGAAAUCAGGGUUUCAAGGAAGACCAAACAAACCUGUUGAUACUUGCUAUGCUUUCUGGGUUGGUGCUUCAUUACAGAUUCUAAACUCGUUUGAGAUGAUUGAUUUUGUGGCUAAUCGGGACUACUUGAUGCAGACCCAAGCUAAUGUUACUGGGGGAUUUUCAAAAUGGCCUGGCAACCAUCCUGAUGCCUUACAUUCAUACUUUGGAGUGUGUGGUUUAUCGCUGAUGAAGGAACAUGGUCUCUUACCCAUACAUGCAGCACUCAACAUCACCCAACGAGCGGCAGACCACCUCAAGACGCUACACAACUCCUCGAGUUGACAUAAUUCCUAGUUAAACUAUGCGUACAGCAUCUGUGUUUGUUUACUGACUACAGUAUGCAUAAGUGGGAAGAAAGAAAUGAAAGGGAAAUUUUGGGAAAAUAAAGAAAUGAAUAAGUGGCUCUGGUAUACAGGAAAAUGGUCUAUCUUUGUACAUAACUGUUAUUGUUCUUUUUUGAAUUAGUUUACUUAGAGAAUAAAUAUUAAUUAUUACGGGACUGAUAAUGGUUAUUAGUAUUUUUAAACAAGUGAAUAUUAUAAUCUGGUGCACUUAUUGGUCACGAUUUACGUUUUAUGCCGUUAUAUUCACCUACGGGUGAAUAUAGCGCACGCACAAGCAUGCUCAUUUGUAAAAUAGAAUUUGAGCAGAAAAUACCUUUCUCUCUAUUUAUCAUUAAAUUCACUAAAUAAUGUGCUAAAUUCACUACUAAGUGUUAAAAAUACUAAAACAAUUAUUUGCCUCAGGCUCAUUGAAUAUCAGGGAAUGUUUACCUCGCCACUUAAAGACUCACAUCUCGGUAAAUAUUCCCCAACAUCCACUUCAUAUAACUUGUUAAAUAGUUAUUAAUUACAGGGCUAAAUCUAAUGGCUGGUCAGUUGCUAGUCAUGAUUACCGACCAAAUUACUUUUAGCUCAGCCAUACAUCGUUGUUGGCUCAGUGUUGCCCGUCAAAAUGGCUGUUGAGGCAGAAAUUGGCAGGGGGGAAAAUUUGACUGGAUAAGUUCCAAUUUCUGUUGACCAAUCAUUAUUAUUUGCCAUGGAAUUAGAGAUGUAGCUGGGGGUGGGGGUGGGGAAUGGGAAACAAUGUCAAUUACUUGUUGCCUGUUUUUCCACCAACAGCACAGAAUCACGAAAAAUAUAUGCUUUCUAUUAGGCCUUCAAUAACUAGGCUUGUACUCUUUAUACUUUUAGAUUUACUGGAAAUUUGAGACCAUUUAUCACUCCCAAUUCACAAGGUUCUGUAGUGGGAAAUGAAAAUUACGAAAAGCUUUAUUUAUUUGCAAAAAUCAUAGUAAGACUCAUUCAAAUAACAAAUCUGGGGAACUGUGUUAUUUGUUUGACAUUUGUAAGGAUUAUUAAAUAGACAAGUUAGUAAAGGACUCAAUAUUAUCAUGGAAAAACCUUGUAUUUGACCUAUAUCUGAAUAAUAAUGUAGUGUGGUUCGGUAUUUACAACCAUUUUWAAAAUUUCACAUCCAAUGCUGCCUCCUUUGCAGCCAUUCUUAGGGUCGUCAAGCAAAACGGCUGCAAAGGAGGCUACAUCCAAUGUGGCUCAAUCGAGAUUGCAUGUAGCUACCAUCAAUCAAUCUAACUAACUCAAGACAAAUGAGAGCUUUAUUGACAAAGAAAACUGGCCAGAGAUGGAAAUUUGUUGUAAAAUGGUUGUAAAUUUGUUAUCUAUGAUAUUCCUUUAUAUGACUAGUCAAUGAGAUGCCUAGAUUGAAUGUUGAUGUUUCAGGGGUGGAGGUGUGAACAUUGUCAAAGUUAGUUCAACUAAAUUGACGUAAUAAACAUACUCUUCAGCCAUGCAUGGCUGGAAAAUAAA